UUUUCCAAAUGCUCGCCAGUUAAAACGUUUCACAAUACUAACCAUAAAUGGCGCAUUUCGCUUAAAAUUUACGCACGAUGCCUCCGAAGCGGCGCAAGAAAGCGACUCAAACGGCCACAGCUGUGCCUCAUCCUGAGGCGGCAGCUCUGAAUCCCUCGCAGCCAGUACUCUACAUCGAACACUGCCGCUCCUGACGCGUCUUCCGCCGUCGGGCCGAAGAGCUGCACGCGGCUCUACUAGAGCGCGGUCUUCACCAGCUGCAGCUUCAGCUGAACGUCGAAGGUACGUCUCGUCGUGGUGCGUUCGAGCUGCACUUGGCCAGGCAGCCAACAACGGAGGCGAGUGAGCAGCAGUCGCUUUGGUCUGGUCUAAAGCGAACUCCGCGUGCCCAAAAGUUUCCGCCUGUAGAGGAUGUGUUCGGGUGGAUUGUCGAGAUCCUUGGCCAAGUGGCAGAAGAGCAACAGCCGGGGCCGACAGAGAACGAGAAGCCCAAGGAGGAGGAACCCGCACCCAAGCCCAAAUUAAAGCAGGAAGAGUCCUCGCAGCAGACUCAAAAGCGCAAGCGCUCUGCCAAGACCACUCUGACGGAGCCGGCAAAUGUCUCCAAUGGAGAGCAGGAGGCAUCCGCCAGCCAAGCCAAGCGAAGGAAGUGAAUCUUAAUGACUUUUGGCAAUAGAGCUCCAUGAACGAUGAUCGGCAAAUCCAUUCCGGAACCGAUUAUUGUGAAGCCCUCGAAUUCGCAUUGCCUUUGCCAGAAUUAUCAUAGUCGCCACUACCAGAUUCUGUUCCCCCGCCAGCAAACACAAACAGCUAAACACACACGUAAAAUUGUUAUUAAAAAAUAUAUUAAAACAUCUUAGAAACCUAAUUCUCUCUUGCCAUUUUUGUAAAUCUUUUCCGAUCCAGAUCCCGAUCCGAUCCAAUCUUUAUGCCUCACUUUUAUUUUUAUUCGAAUAUGCAUGAAUUAAUUUGUCUUUGAUUAUCAAAAUUUGCACAAUUUGAUUUCGUUCCGUCGCUUUUUAUGCAUUUUAUUUUCACUUUCGUUUAAAUUGGUUUUCUUUCCUUUUUGUUUAGCUCUUAAGUGUUAUGAUCCUAGAGAAAAAUUUUGGUUUACGAAAUCGAGUUGUCGUUAAGCUAUAUAUACUAGAGUAUACCCUACCAUACCAUUGCCUAAAAUACAUUACAUAUCAUC